UAAAAAAAUAUUUUGAAGUCCAAAUUGUCUGUUUAUGGCGAGGCGACCUAAUUGCUUACAGAUAAAUCCAAAUGCCAAAUAUUUGUCCAAUUCGAUUUCGAAUGUUUUGCACAGCAUCCAGAACUUUGAGCCAAGAACGCUUGCUUGGCCAACUUGCCAAAAAAAAAGUGUUUGGAGGGGCAACAAACCGCCAAAGUUGUCGGAAGUUCCUUUGGCAGGAACUGCAUCCUGUUUGCUCCCAAAAUGGAAGUCAGCAUUACGAAGUGAAUCUAGAGACGCCAAGAAAUGUACGUUUUACCAAAUUCUUCAAGCCAGUCAAUAUCAGCCGCAUUCUGAACAAUGUUCCAGGUGUUCGGGUAGAAAAAAAAGUGUCCAAAUAGAAAAAGAUUUUAAAAAUGACAGUGUUUACAACGACAUAUAUGAUAUUGUAAAAACGCAUCAUCGAUACAUUAGACCUCCGCCUAAAAUUAAAAAGGUUCCUACCGAACAAGAACCUUGCAGAGUAUUAUAUCCCAUCGAAGACAAUUAUGAGGUGCGUCCGGUCCCCAAAGAAUCCGGAAAGCAGCAGAAUAAAUUAAGCUCAAAUUUAGUAGAAUAUCCAAUCAUUGAGAUCUACAAAGUUCCAGAAAGGACAAGUAAACCUGUUCACUCCAAUUCGCAAACACAAGCAGAAUUUAUAAAUGAUAAAACCGGAAAACAACAGAAAAAAUCGAAGUCAAGUCCAGUCAAUUAUCCAUUCAGUAAGAUCUAUAAACUGAUAGAAAAGAAAAAUAAACUCGCACACUCUAAAAAAAAUGACUAUAAAUUUGGACAGAAUUCACAAAUACAAGAAAAUUCCAUGCAAAAAUCACCUGAUGGCGAAUACGCUCACUCCAAAAAAAAAGACUUUAAAUUUGGACAGAAAUCACAAGUAGAAGAAAAUUCCAUGCAAAAAUUACCUGAUGGCGAAUACGCUCACUCCAAAAAAAAAGACUUUAAAUUUGGACAGAAAUCACAAAUAGAAGAAAAUUCCAUGCAAAAAUUACCUGAUGGCGAAUAUCCUACUAAAUAUAUUUCAAGAGGUGAUGGCGAAUAUCCUACUAAAUAUAUUUCAAAAGGUAGAAACUCACAAUUGCAGACAACAUCCCUAUCAAAAUAUUCGAAACACUCAAGAACUGCAAAUGAAAAAGCAAGCUAUUAAAACACAAAAAUGGAAAGAUACUUCAAGAAAGAAUAGCGACUUGAAUCCACGGGCCAAACCUAAUUUCCAUCCAGGCAAUCGAAGGAUGGUAGAAGCUCCCAAAAAGA